UAUCUCUGCUUGUUACCACAGAAAAGUUCUUGAUAAUUGCAUCAUUAUGCCUGAUGUGAUCUUUGGUUUCUCCAAAUGUAUUAUUAUGUUAAGUUUCAGCUAGUCUUAAACUGUUCUUAUUUUACCUCUAUGAUACUACUUGCAUCUUAACCAUUACUCUAGGAAAAAUCACUUUAACCACUUGAGUGUCACGAAGGUGCAGUUAGUCCCCUGAACUACUUCUGGUCCACUUAACCUGCUGAACUUCUUUUUGGGUACAGUUAGCCCCUGAAACUUGUAAUACCGGGUCACUUCACUCCUUGGUACCGGUUUUUUCCACCAUGACAUCACAUGGUUGCCAAGAAAUCGUCUUUUACACCCCCCCCUUCCCCCUGUAUGAGCUGAUUAGUGGGCACACCCACCAUACUGCACACCUUAAUGUAGAAACCAAUGUCAUCAUCCAUCUGUGAUGCCAGUGCCCAAACCAUGUGUUUACGUGGUGGUCGCUGUGGAAAAUACCAAGAUCUGCCUCAGAGUGUGAAAUGAUCUGGCAUUAGAAGCUCUGGGUUUUGAGUGGUAAAAAAGGUUCAGGGGGGUUACUUGGAGUCUGGAGAUCCAUGCUACUUCAGAGGAGAAAGUGGUCUUUUCCAUAAUUCUAUCACAAGUUUUGAACAUGCUAUGAGGUAUGGAUUACUGCCAGAAAGACUGUGGAUUAGUGUUUUUGAAGAUGACGAUGAGGCAUUCUCCAUUUGGCGUGAUGUGGUUGGGGUACCAGAGGAACGGAUAAAGAGGUUGGGCGAGGAUGAUAACUUUUGGACUAGUGGUGCAACUGGACCUUGUGGACCAUGUUCUGAAAUGUAUUAUGAUUUCCAUCCUGAGAGAGGAUCCUCGACUGCGGAUCUGGCUGAUGAUAGUCGGUUCAUUGAAUUCUAUAAUCUAGUCUUCAUGCAAUACAACAAGAAAGAUGAUGGAUCUCUUGAACCAUUGAAACAAAAGAACAUUGAUACAGGAAUGGGGCUUGAGCGUAUGGCUCGCAUUCUUCAAAAUGUUCCAAACAAUUAUGAGACAGAUUUGAUUUUCCCAAUUAUAAAAAAGGCAGCAAGCAUGGCGCUGGUUUCCUACUCCACAGCUGACGAUACUAUGAAGACCAAUCUUAAAAUUAUUGGGGAUCACAUGAGGGCAGUUGUUUAUCUCAUAUCAGACGGGGUCAUUCCCUCAAAUAUUGGGAGAGGAUAUGUUGUUCGAAGGCUCAUAAGAAGGGUAGUCCGGACUGGUAGAUUGGUAGGUAUGAGAGGUGAUGGCCCUGAAAAUUCUGAAAGUGCAUUUUUACCCUCACUAGCUGAGGCAGUUAUUAGCCUUAGCAGUGAGAUAGAUCCAGAUGUUGGAUCAAGGCGGAAAUCAAUUAUUGGGGAACUUCAAAGGGAAGAACUGCGGUUUGUACAGACUCUUGGAAGAGGAGAAAAGUUGUUAGAUGAACUUCUAGAUGAGGCAUUGGUAAGUGCUGGUGAUAAUGGAGAUAACCCUUGCCUGUCUGGAGAAGAUGUUUUUCUUUUAUAUGAUACAUAUGGUUUCCCCGUAGAGAUUACAGCUGAAAUUGCGGGUGAACGGGGUGUAACUGUUGAUAUGAAGGGGUUUGAUAUUGAAAUGGAAAAUCAGAGAAAACAAUCACAGGCUGCUCACAAUGUAGUCAAACUUUCUGUAGGAAAUGAGAAUGAGAUUGUCAAAAGUAUCCCUGACACUGAAUUUUUGGGAUAUGAUUCUCUUUCUGCAACUGCUGUUGUCAAAGGUCUUUUAAUUGAUGGAAACCCAGUAGAACAUGUUUCAGAAGGCUCUGAUGUGGAAAUACUAUUAGACCGAACACCGUUUUAUGCUGAAUCGGGUGGUCAAGUGGGAGAUAAUGGUUUCUUGUAUGUGUAUGAAGAGGAAGGUGGAAAACAAAAUACAGUCAUAGAGAUCAAAGAUGUCCAAAAAUCCCUGGGAAAUAUCUUUGUUCACAAAGGCACAAUUAAACAGGGAUCAGUAGAUGUUGGAAAGAAAAUUGAUGCUGCAGUUGAUGGAAAACUGAGGCAGGGAGCUAAGGCACAUCAUACUGCUACACAUCUACUACAGUCCGCUCUUAAAAGUGUCAUUGGUUCAGAAACAUCACAAGCAGGAUCUCUUGUGGCUUUUGACCGCCUCCGAUUCGACUUCAGUUUCCAUCGGCCCCUUUCAGAAAAGGAAUUAUUGGAAAUUGAAUCACUGGUGAACCAAUGGAUUAGCAAUGCAACACAUCUUGAGACAAAUGUGAUGGCUUUGCAAGAUGCAAAAAAUGCUGGUGCAACUGCAAUGUUUGGAGAAAAAUAUGGUGAACAGGUCAGAGUCGUAGAGGUCCCUGGGGUGUCAAUGGAACUGUGUGGUGGAACUCAUGUCAGCAAUACUGCUGAGAUUCGUGGAUUCAAGGUAAUCUCGGAACAGGGAAUAGCUUCUGGAAUCAGAAGGAUUGAGGCAGUUGCAGGUGAUGCAUUUGUUGAAUAUGUUUGUUCUCGUGACAACUAUAUGCGACACUUGUGCUCCACACUGAAGGUUAAAGCAGAAGAUGUCAAUAGCAGAGUAGAAACAGUUCUUGAAGAACUAAGAACAGCCAGAAAUGAAGUAUCAUCUCUACGCAACAAAAUUGCAGUGCUGAAGGCAGCAACUCUUGCAAGUAAAGCUGCAACUAUCGAGCCUCAUAAUGUCAGGAUCCUAGUCGAGAACAUGGGGGAUGUGGAUGCUGAUGGGCUGAAAAGCGCCGCGGAGCAUCUCAUAGGAACCCUGCAGGACCCUGCCGCAGUAAUCUUAGGUUCAAGUCCAGGAGAUGGUAAGGUCAGCCUGGUUGCCGCAUUCACCCCUGGGGUCGUAAAGAUGGGAGUACAAGCAGGCAAGUUUGUGGGUGGUAUAGCCAAACAUUGUGGUGGGGGUGGGGGUGGCAAACCGAAUUUUGCCCAGGCUGGUGGUCGGCAGCCGGAGAACCUACCGGAAGCCCUUGAGAAGGCUAGAGCUGAAAUUGUGGCGUCAAUUUCAUCAAAAUCCAGCUGAUCUCCUGCUCCAUAGUCCAUACGUGGUAUAGAAUCAUUUACAUACAUAGGUAAUGCACACCAUAUAUGAUUCACAAGGAUAAUGCCAUUUUCUUGGUUUGUAAUCGUUUCUUCUGGCCAUCAAAAUUUCAAGGCAAAUAUUUCUGGAUCUCUCAUUGACUCCUGCAUUCUAGUGGUGUAAUAGAACAACAAUUUUACAUAUGGACUUGUAGAGACUUGGAUCCCAUCUGGAACAAACAAUAUGGAAAAUGGAGGAAUAUGAAAACCACAAAAAAAUAUCUUGUGAUGUUUAUUGUAA